CUCACACUAGUUCAACACACGCCAAAAUAUGUCUCAUCUAGGACAAACCUCUUUGACUCACCGGAAUAAACUCGUAUUAGUUCUUCAUUCUUUAGCAAUACUAGAUGUGAAGACAUGCAAGUAUCUUUGCGACUCAUUUAGAGUGUUGGCUGAAACUACACAGCAGCCAAGCUGACCAUGAAAAUGUGUGACUCAUGUUCACACAACCACUUCCCUUUUGUCAAGAGAGGGUAUACGGUUAUUAUGCAAGCAGACAUAAAAACUACUGUUUGGAGCCUCAGUCCUCACACUUACCACACCUUGCAGCAGACACACAGUUGAGCACAGCUCACAGCCAUGGAGCCCAGCACCAUUCGAGAAGGAUACCUGGUGAAAAAGGGUACUGUACUGAAUUCAUGGAAGGUGAUGUGGGUGGUGUUAGCAGAUGAUGGAAUAGAGUUUUAUAAGAAGAAAACAGACAGCAAUCCGAAGGGGAUGAUUCCAUUAAACGGAGCCACACUGACCAGCCCCUGCCAGGACUUCAACAAGAGAACGUUUGUGUUUAAGCUGAGCACAACUAAGAAGCAGGACCAUUUCUUUCAAGCAACUCACCUGGAGGAGAGGGAGCUCUGGGUCAAAGACAUCAAGAGAGCCAUCACAUGUUUGCAGGGAGGCAAGAGGUUUGCCAGAAAGUCUACCAGGAAGUCCAUUCGAUUGCCUGAAUCAGUUAAUCUAAGUGAGCUCUACAUUUUGAUGAAAGACCAAGACUCAGGCAUUAAAGAGAUGAAAGUGGAAAAGGACAAGAAGCUCUUCAGCCACUGCUUCACUGGUAACACAGUGAUUGACUGGCUAAUCUCUCAGGGGAAGGUCAGAAACAGGGCGGAAGGUGUGAUGUUGGCCACAGGGCUGCUGAACGAGGGCUUCCUGCAGCCCGCUGGAGAGAUUUCUAAAACUGCUGCUGAGGGUGGAGCAGAGUCAGUGCUGCUAGACCAGCAUGAUGCUCUUUACUACUUUGCUGACAGCGGCUUCUACUGCGAAGGCUACUCGAGUGACGAGGACGUGAUUGUGAAGGAGGAGUUCAGAGGAGCCAUAGUCAAACAAGGCUGUCUGCUCAAACAGGGUCACAGAAGAAAAAACUGGAAGGUGAGAAAGUUUAUCCUGAGAGACGAUCCUGCGUACAUCCACUACUACGACCCUGCUAAGGGUGAAGAUGAUCCUCUUGGUUCAAUUCCCUUGCGUGGGUGUGUCGUAACUGCAGUGGAUUACGUGCCAGAUGCUAAAAGGCAUGAUGUGGAGGGAAAUCUGUUUGAGAUCAUCACUUCAGACGAGGUACACUACUACCUGCAGGCAGCGACUUCCGAAGAGCGCAACGAGUGGAUCAAAGUCGUUCAAGUGGUGGCAAAGUCUGGAAAAUAACUGCAAAAGACCCGAGAGCAAUCCAGACAAUGAAAAUCUACAUUAUUUUGAAGAAUUCUGUCAUUCCUUUCAAAUGUGCAGGAAAAAAUUUGAUACAAAUUGACUGAAAAAGACUGGAAAACUCCCAUAUGCAGCCGUAUGCCAACAUCUCUGGUCAAAUGAUGGUUUGUUGAUAUUCUAAGCAAAAAUAGGUUAACCAAUCCUCCACGGGGAACUUAAAUAUAACAUUUUUUGCAAAUAUUAUGCCAAAAUUUCUAUUUAUUUCUAAAAAAUAUAAAACAUAAAACAUAUAAUGUGCCAUAACUUUUGCAAAAGCCACAAUUUACAUACUAUUUCUUUCCAAACAUGUAAUAGUCAUCGAAUAAACAGGUGAUUGUGCAUUAAAAUGUACAGGAGUGUGUUCUCUGAGAGGAUGUGUUCACUUAUUUUUACUUAGAAAAUCAACAAAACAUGUCAUUUGACCAGGGUGCUCAAGCUUUUACACACAGCUGUAUUGCUAUUUUAAUGUGAAGCAUCAGUCUCUCACUUAAGUGCAUAAAAUUCCCCUCUACAAGCCUUUAAUGGAGCAAGAGAUGGACACAACACAGGAUAUGGGUUUAUUUAUCAGUGAUUCUAUUUAUAUGAGACAGAAGAGUGGAAACUGCUUGAAGCAUCUACACCGUCCAGCAACUUCCUGUUUCUAUUUCCACAUGCAUCACUUCCUGUCUGUGAAUAUGCCACUGUGUGGUUAGCCUCGUUGACAUGAACUGCUCACUGUGUCUAUCUACUGAGGAUUGGACAUGACCAUCACUGUUUGCCUCGUCAAAUCAAACACAUGCAGUCUUAUGGUAACUACAUGUGUUGUUGAUUUUCUAAGUAAAAAUACGUGAACACGUCCUCUACAGAGAACACACUUCCCCAUGUUUUAAUGCACAAUUAAUGUUUAUUUUGCUGAAUUUAACAUAUUGGGAAAGAAAUAAAAUGUUACACCUACAAAAAGUUAGACCUAGAAGUCUUUGGGAUUUGGAGACCUCUCUGGUGGAAAUGUGUAAUUACACCUAGGGAUGGGUCGAUACUGAUACUGGCAUCGGGUAUCUUCCCGAUACUCAUCCUCAUAAACAUGACCAAUACUAAUAUCUGAUACCACCUGAUGCCAUAUAACAUUACCUGAACGAGGGUCUGCUCACACAGAGAAAUGCUGCUGGUGGUUGGACACAAAGCUACCAGUCACUUUAAACAUUCCGACUGGUUUAUUCUUGCCAAGAGUUCACGGUGCAAUUUCAGCCCAUUUUAAAACACACACAAUCACAACCGCUUCACUAAUACAAUUCCCUAAUGGAAACUUUAUUGAUAAUUUUCCCUAGACAGAGCUGUCUGUAGAGGUUAUGUCUCAUUUAGCAGGUCAGUAUGAGCAUUUUUCAUGCAAUGUGAUUAUGUAACUGCAGGCUUUGUCUGCGCACAAUUUAUUUGAACUCUUCAAAUAAAGCGUGAGGCACCAAAGAACAAGACAUGUAAAAUCAUACAGUAUAUGUCUGGCUUUAGUGGACAUACAACUACAGCUCAACCAGCCAAACAAAAGUCUCUGACAUGACAUAAAACUGAAACUGAGGUGAGCUCUUCAGAUGUGAUUCCUGCUGUCGCUGUGCUACAGAGACAGAUACUGAAAGAGAAAGAUGAGGAUCAAAACUAUGAAACAUACAUUACUUACAGCUGUACAGAUACACUUUUCUGAUAAAACCUGUUAAAGUGCAUUGCACUCAUUUACACUAACAACUGCUUAAAAAGUAAUUACUCAUGGUAUCAGUGAAUACUUCAAAAAGAUAUGUACUCGCACUCUGUCUGAAAAAGAGUAUCAAUGCAUCAUUAAUUACAUGCAAUGUGCAGAAGAUCUUGAAUCUUGGGCUGUGAUUUGGAGCACUUUGAAAGAGAAUUUAAGAAGAACUCAAUCAAUCAAGUUCUUGGUGAAGUAUGCAUAUAGUAAGGAUGUGAGUGAAUAUGUUAUUGUUAUCACAUCUUCCUCAGCGUAACACUGAUGUUGAGAUCAUUUGAGACCUAAAAAUCGAGCGGGACCUUCUUUUGGGUCUUUUGAGUUGUCUGAAAAACACCUCUGUUUUUAAAAUGAUUAUUUCAGGUUUUACGGGGCCACUCGCAGCAGCGCACACUCACCAUAUUUUACCCUGUUUUUAUUCUCCUCACUCAAUAAUGCUACUUUAAAUUUUAACAAAAAAAAAAAAAAAGUACAGCGGUCAUUUACAUAUUCAUAUUGAGUCUUAAAGGCUUA